CACACUCAUCCCUCCUUUCUUCCACUCCAUCCCCCUCUUUCAACUCCUCCUUCUCGCUCACUACCGCUAUUUCCAACAGCUGAUUUCCAGACCAGAGAGAGAGGAACACGGCGAGACAGUUCAGGUUCGGAACCAGCUGCUGCAGAAGGAUUCACAGCGAGUAGAGAUGCGGGGAGAGCGCUGUGGUCCGUCAUGAAGAUCUGAGCUCCGCCGCCGCUCCGUCAGCUCCGAGAGGUUAGCCCCUGUGCUAAAGCUAACUUUACAAACAUCUGCAGACAACAGACCUACAUCAUCGGCCUUUGUCAGCGUUACAGCUCACGUUUUAUUUGCUAUGUGCAGAUGGCUUUCCAUGGAUCCUCACGGCCAACAGUGUGUGGUAACAUGUUCCCUGGAUCAGAGUUAAGUCACAAGUAUUUUUGUGUCAACACCACGACCGGCACUACCUCAACGGGCCUCAGCGCAACACCAAAUCCAGCUGGACCCAACGCACCUGCUGGGACACCCAGGCACCCGGCGUCUCUCGGGGGCAGCACCGGCGGAGGGGCGGCCAUCCCGCAACCUCACAGUAACCCAGCAAGUGAGGUUCCAAGCCCUGCUGAGAUGGAGCCUGAUCGGCCUAUCGGUUAUGGUGCGUUUGGAGUGGUCUGGUCUGUGACGGACCCUCGGGAUGGACGUAAGGUGGCUCUGAAGAAAAUGCCGAAUGUCUUCCAGAACCUGGUCUCCUGCAAACGUGUGUUCAGGGAACUCCGGAUGCUGUGUUUCUUUAAACAUGACAAUGUGCUGUCUGCCCAAGACAUUCUCCAACCUCCACAAAUCGACUGCUUUGAGGAGAUAUACGUGAUCACUGAGCUCAUGCAGAGUGACCUGCAUAAAGUCAUCGUCUCCCCUCAGCCUCUCACCACCGAUCACAUCAAGGUGUUCCUCUACCAGAUACUCAGGGGUGAGUUUACAUGGGCAUGUCACUUUUGGAUUACAAUAUCAUGCGGCGUACAUAAAAUGUAGUACAAACGUUGCCAC